GGGAUUGGUCCUGCUUUGAGCAGGGGGAUGGUCUAGAUGAGGUCCCUUCCCACCCUGGUAUUCUAUGAGUCUAAUGUGUCUCGAGGCCUCAGGGCAGCCAGCCCCUGCCCCACAGGGCAUGCAGUUAGAGAACAGGAGGUGGUGAGAUUGGGGGACAGGGAGGCUGGAACAGAAGCCAGUCCAGGGGUCUCAGAUCUGUGCUGCCAGUCCAUGCCUCAGUUUCCCCAAUUAUAAAAUGAGGGUGAUGGCUCUGCCUUGCCAGGAUAAAUGCAUGAAAGACCGAGCGGUGCUCGUGUGCUAUGGGGACCAUACAAGUGCUCGACCCAAACGCAGCUCGCCCGGCUGAGAUCCCCUCCGUUUCUGGUGCUGGCGGGGCUUGGCUUUGCAGACCCUGCCCUCUGGGCCGGUGCUGGGAGCAGCAGGUUUGCUCUGGGGCUCCUGGCUGAGUGCUCCUAUUUACUGACAGUGCAAAUAUUUAUCAGCAAAAGGGGACCAACGCAGCUGCCUUAUCAGCCAGCGUGGGCUAGAGUCAAUAUUUUCACCCCUCCUGUGCCUCCCUUCCCUGCGCCUCUUUGGGGAUCUCUUAUCUGCCACAGAAAAUAAUAUUUACCAAUGCCGGCCCUCCUGCCUGCUGCUUACUACUGGAUGUCGUUCCCCCCUCCCCGGUGCCAUCUGUGACUCUUUGGUCCUGGCAUCUGGCAGUCUGGAUUUGGCCUGCAGUCUGCCUGUCGACCGCCCCAAAUGCGCUUGGAGCUGUACAAAGCCCCAACAAGCAGACCUGGCUCCCAUUGGUCGCCCCGUUUGGCCAAUGAGAGCCGCCCCGGAACCUGGGGUGGCAGCACCACCGUCCACGUGCGAGGCUGUGUAACACGGCGCUGACAUCACCCGGCGGUCGGCCAAUGCCGAAGCCGCCGGGCGUUACACAAUUGGGGGCAGCGUCUCUGCCGAAGCCACCGGGCGCUGGUGGCAUUUGGGGGGUGCCUGGCUGCAGAGGAUGCACCCUGGAGCCCUGGGCAGCCAGGAGGAGCCGGCCGGCCGUGGCGGGGUUUGCAGCACCGAAGAGAGGCAGAACCCCAGAGACGUGCCGCUGUCAUUAUACAGCCUGCGACGUCUCCGACCGGCUCUGUCUCUAGCCCCGAACCCCGCACCUCCCCACGGGCCGGGGCAUGUCCCCAGAUCCUCUCCGAUCAUGAGUGCCGGCUGCGAGCCGGGCCAGGCGCCCUUCGAGGAGGGAAGCGUGGGCGGGGCCGGCUCCGGAGCCCCCCGGCGGGCCCGGGCCACUGACGACAUGGACGCCACCAGCAACGGCUCCAGCGGCACCGAGUCGCACGGGCGGGACUCCCUGGGCAGCGACCGCAGCAGCAACGGGAACGGCAAGGACUCGGCCCUGCUGGAGACCACCGAGAGCAGCAAGAGCACCAACUCGCAGAGCCCGUCUCCCCCCAGCAGCUCCAUCGCCUACAGCCUGCUGAGCACCAGCUCCGAGCAGGACAACCCCUCCACCAGCGGCUGCAGCAGCGAGCAGUCUGCGCGGGUGAAGACCCAGAAGGAGCUGAUGAAGGCGCUGAAGGAGAUGAAGAUCCGGCUGCCCUCGGAGAAACGUGGCAAGGGCCAGUCGGGCACCUUGGCCACUUUGCAGUACGCGCUGUCCUGCGUCAAGCAGGUCCAAGCCAGCCACGACUACUACCAGCAAUGGGCCAUCGACGAGAGCCAGCCCUGCUACCUGGACGUGGCCACGUACACCGUCGCCGAGCUGGAGGGCAUGACCUCCGAGUACACCCUCAAGAACCCCGACACGUUCGCCGUGGCCGUCUCCUUCGUCACGGGCAAGAUCCUCUACAUCUCGGACCAGGCGGCCUUCGUCCUGCACUGCAAGAGGGACGUCUUCAAGGGGGCCACCUUUGCCGAGUUCCUGGCCCCCCAGGACGUCAGCGUCUUCUACGGCUCCACCGCCCCCUACCACCUGCCCUCCUGGAGCGCCUGCACCUCGGCCACUGCGGCCGCUGUGGACUACACCCAAGAGAAAUCGGUCUUCUGCCGGAUCAGUGGAGGCCGCGGCCGUGGGCGCGAGCUGUGUUACACCCCCUUCCGGCUCACCCCUUACCUGGCCAAGGUGCGCCCCGCGGCCGGCGCCGAGGGCCAGCCCUGCUGCCUGCUCAUCGCCGAGCGCAUCCACUCGGGAUACGAAGCUCCCCGGAUCCCGCCCGAUAAACGGGUCUUCACCACCAGACACACCCCCAGCUGCUUGUUCCAGGACGUGGACGAGAGGGCUGCCCCCCUGCUGGGUUACCUCCCCCAGGACCUGAUUGGCACGCCCGUCCUCUUCUACCUGCACCCGGAGGACAGGCCGCUCAUGCUGGCCAUCCACAAAAAAAUUCUCCAGUGUGGCGGGCAGCCCUUCGACCACUCCCCGCUCCGGUUCUGCACCCGCCACGGCGAGUACGUCACCAUCGACACCAGCUGGUCCAGCUUCGUCAACCCCUGGAGCCGCAAGAUCUCCUUCGUCAUGGGGCGCCACAAAGUGCGCACGGGUCCCCUCAACGAAGACGUCUUCAUGGCCCCCAAGGCGCUGAAGAUGCGACCGCUGGAGCCAGACAUCCAGGAGCUCUCGGAGCAGAUCCACCGGCUGCUGCUUCAGCCUGUGCACAGCAACGGCUCCGUGGGGCUCUGUAGCAUGGCCAGCAACACCUCCCACGAGCAGUUCCUGAGCGCGGCCUCGUCCAGCGACAGCAACGGCCUCCUCGCCGAGGAGACGCCGGCCCAGCGGCCGAUGACUUUCCAGCAGUUCUGCAAGGACGUGCACAUGGUGAAGAACCAGGGCCAGCAGAUGUUUAUCGAGUCCCGCAGCAAGCCGCCGCCUGCCAAGCCCCCCACCGCAGGCCUGGAGACGUCCCAGGACGGCGAGGGGCCAGGCAGGGAUGCCCCGUGUGAGGCGCAGAGGAGGGGCCCGGGCCAAGUGGUCUCUUCCGAGGAGUCCGGCAGGAAGGAGCCCUCCAGUUACUCCUACCAGCAGAUCAACUGCCUGGACGGGAUAAUCCGGUAUCUGGAAAGCUACAACAUCCCCAGCCGGGUGAAGCGGAAAUGCGGCUCCUCCUCGUACACCGGCUCCUCCAACUCCGACGACGACAAACAGCGGGCAGGCCGGGAGGCGGCUGGCUCGGCAAAAGAUGCGGCGGAGGAAAUGCUGCCCAGCCGGUCCAGGAGGGAGGAGGAGGAGGAACCCGCCGCGGCGGUGGGACCCGCGCUGGCCCCGCUGGCUUUGCCCAGCAAAGCCGAAAGCGUGGUGUCCCUGACGAGUCAGUGUAGCUUCAGCAGUACCAUCGUCCACGUGGGAGAUAAGAAAGCCCCGGAAUCGGACACGGCGAUGCUGGAGGAGGGCCCCGCGCCCCCCGACCGGGAGCAGUACCGCCGCGUGGGGCUCACCAAGGAGGUGCUGUCCGUGCACACCCAACAGGAGGAGCAGGCUUUCCUGACCCGCUUCCAGGAGCUCAGCCGUCUCCAUGUUUUCGACGCGCCAGCCGGGCGCAGCCGUCAGGAGGGGCCGGGCGCCGAGCCAGGGCAUCGCGGCCCGCGGCGGGGUGCUGGCCGACGCGGCAAAUCCAAGGCCAAGCGUGUCAAGCAGCACCAGACGUCCGACAGCACCGGCUCCCUGCCUCCCCCUGGCCCUUGGCCCCCCUCGGCCACCUCCCUGCCCUUCCCCGCUGUGCUGCCCGUCUUUCCGCCCAGCCAGCCCCCUGCCGAGCCUGCCCCCCACCUCCCCGCCCCCUUGGUGGCCCCCGUGGUGGCCCUGAUGCUUCCCAACUACGUCCUGCCCCCGCCGUACUUCCCGGCCCCCUUUGGGGAGCCCUUUGGCCCCCGCCUGCCCGGCCCCCCCGAGGCCUCGCGCUCCACCACGCCCGAGCGGCCCGACUCGCCCCCCUUCGACUCCCGCUGCAGCUCCCCGCUCCAGCUCAACCUCCUGCAGAUGGAGGAGGCCCCCAAGGCGGCCGAGCGGCAGGAGGCGCCCGGUGGCCAGGCUGGCGGGACGCCGGGGGCUGUCGAGCUCGGCCCUCAGAAAGAAACCGGCCUGGCGGAAGGUCAGGACUCGUCCAACAACGAUGCCCUGUCCAGCUCCAGCGACCUGCUGGAUCUGUUGCUGCAGGAGGACUCGCACUCGGGGACCGGCUCGGCCGCCUCGGGCAGUGGCUCCGUGCGCAGCGGCUCCAACGGCUGCAGCACCUCAGCCAGCGGCACCACCAGCAGCAAAAGCAGCCACACCAGCAAGUACUUCGGCAGCAUCGACUCGUCGGAGGCGGAGCGGGCGAGGCAGCCGCCGGGCAGGGUGGGGGCUGGCGAGCAGUUCAUCAAGUACGUGCUGCAGGACCCCCUCUGGCUGCUCAUGGCCAACACUGACGAGACGGUCAUGAUGACCUACCAGCUGCCUGACCGCCCCGCGGCCGCUGUGCUGCAGGCCGACCGGGAGAAGCUGCGGGAGAUGCAAAAGCAGCAGCCGCGCUUCACGGAGGAGCAGAAGAAGGAGCUGGCCGAGGUGCACCCUUGGGUGAAGAAGGGGCUGCUGCCCAAGGCCAUCAACGUCAUGGCUUGUGUGGACUGCGGCAGUAACCCGGCCUCCCGCCUGGCACCUCUCUACGACACGGAGCCGCACGCCAUGGAGCUGAGCGCCACGCUGGAGCCCAUGGAGGAGGGCAGCGGCGCCCCCCCCUGCCUGGACAUGGCCAUGGAGGAGGAGGAGGCGGGGCAGCCGGCCCGGCCCGAGGCGGGCGCCGAGAACGCUGGCUGAGGCCCCAGCCCGCCUUGCCGCACACUGCCAGGCAGCGCCGGCUGCCCCUCGGAGCCAGGCACCCACACGGGAUGGACCAGAAGUGCCGGCCCGGCCUUGGCCCCGGGACUCAGCCAGGUUGAGCGCAGAGCCGAGCCGGGCCCCGCUCCGGACCUUACCCUGCCCGCGGGCGCCCCCCGGAGGCCGGAGCUGGCCCUGCGCAGGGUGGAGUAUUUAUUUUUGGAAGGUUUCUUUUUGUAUGAAAAGGCGGGACAAUAAACUGUCCCUGUGAGA